AUGUUGACCAAUGAUAGUGUGGUCAUCCUUGCUUUGUGUAAUGCUCAUGUUGGUUAUUUCAAUGGGAAGCUUAUAAACAUAACAGCUACAACGACAUUACAUAUCAACCCAACUUUUCAAGAAGCAGAGAUUCUAACAUUAAGAGGAAAGGACCCUUUGCAUGUUGUACCCUUUGUUGCAGAAACUAUCCACAUAGAUGGCAAAUAUACUAGAAUGAUAAUUUCCUCAAUCCAUGAGUGGAUGAGCAUCAAACCAAAAACAAUUCAGACAGCUUUGCUAGUUGUUCUACGCUUUGUAAUCGUAAAUGACCAAAAUUUGUAUUACGCAGCCUGUCCACUGAUAGUCAAUGGAAGGCCUUGCAAGAAAAAAUGUACACAACAAGUUGAUGAUUCUUGGUUCUUCUCUAGAUGUAAAAUGACUAUGCAAGACUGUAAUUAUAGUUACCUCUUACCACUAAAGUUACAAGAUGCCACAGGUACUCUAUGGGCAACUGGAUUUGAUGAGGGUAGCAUUCACUUGCUACACAAAACUAAAAAACAGGUUUAUGCAUUACUAGAUGAUGCAACAACAAUAGAGACACCUUCCUCACUGAUUAAGAGACUACUGCCACAUCACUAUUCAUUCACACAAUUGGUUUCUACUGAGACAUAUAAUUCAGAAUCAAAGAUGAAAGUGACAGUCAAUAAAGUCGCUCAUGUUGACUUCAAAGUUGAGUGUCAUGCAGUACUUGUAGAAAUUGGCCGCCUCAGUACAUAG